AUGAGCAGGCGCUGCCCGCCGGGCGCCGCCUGGCUGCUGCGGGGGCUCGCCGGCCCCGCCGCCCGCUGCCUGGGCAGGAGCAUGAGCCUCUGCGGCGCUCCGGCCGCCUGCGCCGCGGGGCCUGCGGCCGGCGGCGGCGGCGGCGCGGGCUUCUCGUCGCGGCGGAGCCCGCCGUGGCUGCGGCUGCCCGAGGUGCCGGGCGCCGAGGCGCACCGCGCCAACGAGCUGCUGCUGCUGCUGCCGCCGGCGCGGCGCGGCCCCGAGCCGCCGCAGCACCACGUCGUCUACUUCCCGGGGGACGUGCAGAACUAUCAUGAUGUCAUGUCAUGCCACCCAGAAAACUUUCAGUGGGAGCACUGGAGUUUUGAAAAUGUUGCUACCAUACUUGCUCAUCGAUUUCCUAAUAGCUUCAUUUGGGUUGUAAAGUGUUCUCGAAUGCACCUGCACAAAUUCAGUUGUUAUGACAACUUUGUGGCAAGCAACAUGUUUGGAGCACCAGAGCAUAGCACCGACUUUGGAGCUUUCAGGCAUCUUCAUGCAUUGCUAGUUAAUGCAUUCAGACUUGCUCAGAACAUGCUGUUGUCGCAGAAGAGCACGUAUGGUUUCAACAAGGAUGCAAAGAUAGCUGCUUGUAAAUCGCAGCCGCAGUCUGAUCCUACAACGAAUGACUGUUUGUCCACAGAAAGAGAGAGAGACUAUGAAUACUCUAAUAAUUCUGCUGUGAACUUCAUUAUACCAUCUGCUGUAGAUGCAGUGUCAUUUACUUUGAUUGGCUUCAGUAAAGGUUGUGUGGUUUUGAACCAGCUGCUGUAUGAGCUGAAGGAAGCUAAAAAAGACAAGAAUACAGAUGCCUUCUUAAAAAACAUAAAAGCAAUCUACUGGUUGGAUGGUGGUCACUCUGGAGGAAGCAAUACUUGGGUUAAUUACCCUGAAGUGCUGAAAGAACUUGCACAAACAGGAAUUGAAGUUCAUGCUCACGUUACACCGUACCAGGUGUUUGAUACAAUGAGAUCAUGGAUUGGGAGAGAGCAUGAGAAAUUUGUACAGAUACUUGAAGAAUUGGGUGUAGAAAUAGAUGAUCAACUACAUUUUGCAGAUGAAGUUCCCUCCUUAGAUAACCAUUUCAGAGUUCAUGAAGUAUUUUGAGACUGUAUAUAUCUCUGUAUUCAUUGCAAAAGCACUUUUGACGCUGUAAAAUCUUGAUCUUACAACUUUGAACGGACACUCUCUGAAGAGUAAUACUGAAUCAGUCUUGUGUUCUUAGUAGAUACUGUAUAUAAAUUUCAGUGGCUUAAAAGGGGGGAUGGAAAUCCCAUAUCUAGAGCAGAUGAAGUCAUUUGCUUCCUGGCAAAACUGUUAUGAAGAAUUAUGUGAACAUUUAUCUCAAACUGUUGGCAAAAUUUUUAGCCCUGGAUGUCCGAAGUAAUAUACUGCCUUUAACAGGAGUUAAAAAGUACUGAAGAUUUUCAGAUGUCUGUAUACUUCUAUUAACAAGCUUCCAGGUCUGAAAAACUUGGUUUUUGUCAGUAACAGAAAAAGCAGUAGUUUUUUGGCUUAGAGAAAAUGAUGAUUGUUGGAGCAAUCUUAGUUAUACAUUGUUGAAAAGUGUUUUAAUUAGGUAACUUAAUCUUCUAGUUUUGUAACAUUUCUUCUAUUAAAAGAAGGUCACCAAUAUUUACUUUUGGAAUAAUAGUGCCAAUUUGCUUUUGUUCCCUGUUAAAACUUUGCUUUUUCUGUGGCUAUAAAAUUUCAUUAACUCAUUGCUUAGUAUCUGAUAAUGAAUAGCCUUUUUAUCUGGAACUUGAAAAUUUUGAUAUAGCUAUGAAGUCACCAAGAAUAUUCAUAAGGGUGUAGUUUAUUGCUGUUUCAGCAUAUUGCUCUUGCUUUGACUAACUUCUGUAAGGACUGGAAGUAAUUACAUGUAUUUGCAAUUUGAA